GGAUAGUGCGAGGGUGCGUGGUGCGCCGUGCGUGCGGGCGUCGCGAGCUUGGUCGGUCGCGUUGGAGAUCCCGCCGGGACGUCGGACCGGGUCCGGUGUUAAAAGAGGGAAAAAAGGAGCCUCCUCCUCCGUGAGCCGAGAGAGUGAGGGAGAGAGCGAGAGCGCGCGCGAGAGAGAGGGAGAAAGACGGAGAGAGAACGGGUCGCGAGGAGGCCCCGAGGGAGUGCCAUGCGUCGUGAAUCUCGUCCGCUCGGCAUCGUCGCACGGCGAGGCGCGCUCUGAGCUCGCGUACGUGCUCGCGCAAUUCGAUAACACACGUUCGCAAUAAUUCACCGUUGCCGUCGUCGUCGUCGGCCACUGUCGUCCACGUCGCCGCAUCCAUCGUCGUUGUCAUCCUCGCCGCCGCCGCCGCCGCCGUCGCUGUCACCGUCGCGAGGCGAUCCGCACGACGGGUCUUUUGGAAUGCUCUCGGGUUCUACUACGUGACACUACGUGGCCGUUUAGACCAAGACGCUGAAAGAAAGACUAAAAACAUGGGAUGCAAUGCGGGCCGAUGCCUCGGUUCACGCGAUACAGGAUUCAUGGCAGCCAUUAGGAAGAAGUUGGUUAUUGUGGGUGACGGUGCCUGCGGUAAAACAUGUUUACUCAUAGUAUUCAGCAAAGACCAGUUUCCCGAGGUGUACGUACCCACAGUAUUCGAGAACUAUGUCGCCGACAUCGAGGUGGACGGUAAACAGGUGGAGCUGGCUCUAUGGGACACAGCUGGACAAGAAGAUUACGACAGGUUGCGUCCAUUGUCGUAUCCGGACACGGAUGUCAUCCUGAUGUGCUUCUCCAUCGACAGUCCCGAUUCCCUGGAGAACAUUCCCGAGAAGUGGACACCAGAGGUGAAGCACUUCUGCCCGAACGUGCCCAUCAUCCUUGUGGGGAACAAAAAAGACUUGCGCAAUGAUCCCAACACCAUCAAGGAGCUCAACAAGAUGAAGCAGGAGCCGGUCAAGCCCGAGGAGGGUAGAGCCAUGGCCGAGAAAAUCAACGCUUUCGCCUACCUUGAGUGUUCCGCCAAAAGCAAGGAAGGUGUGAGGGAAGUCUUCGAGACGGCGACCCGGGCUGCAUUACAAGUAAAGAAGAAGAAGAGGGGCAGAUGUAGGCUUCUUUAAGAUGUAAUGCCAAGCGGGCCCGAUGUAACGCGGGCGAAGUAAUGGAAUUGCGGAACUAGCUGCAACGAAGCUAGUCGUAAUGCCGGCGACCCCUCCUCCAGCGGAGAAACCACAUGAUAACAUCUUACCUUUAAUUAUUUUACAUAAUAAAACAAGUCUACAACAGCAAAAAAAUGAAAAAAAAUACAAGAAAAGAAAAGGUGCAACGUAUCGCGUCUACACACACACACACGUACACACACAUACAUACACAUACACACACACGUGUUACACCUACAAUGUCGUAAUGAAACCGUCGUCAUGAAACAGAGGGACUUGAGAAAUACUGAGUAAAUUCAAUACAAGUAUACCUUAUUAUUACUACGGAAAAAAAAACUGUAAUGUAUAUUGUAAUGACUAUCUUGAUUGUGUAUUUUUUAACAGUAAUGAAUUGUGCUUCGAGUUUAAACGAUUAAAACAAAAAACUGAUUGUCGUAUAAACUAUCUACAUCUUACGGUACACAGUUAUCUUUAUCAUUGUAGUGAUUAUUACAAUUAUUAUUAGUAUCUCAUUAUUAUUAUUAUUAUUAUUAAUAUUAUUAUAAUUAAUAUUAUAUGCAUUCUACAUCCUUGUUUUUUUUUUAUCGUAGUGGCUCUUUAUUUUGGUAAUAAACGAAAUUGAAAUAAACGAAAGGAAGAAUCGCGCGAGCACGAUUAAACGGAGAAAAUGUAAAAGUAGACACGAGGGAAUUCACGAGGCAGUGCAAAAUAAUCACUGCGAGAUAUCACAAUCGAAAAAAAAGCAAUGUAAGAGUUUAAGAAGGACGGAAUUUUAUAACGCUUAUCAAACUUGAAAACGCUUUAUCGAAAUUGUCGCAUUAUCGGUUCUUGAACGAAGAAUGAGAGAAAUAAUGGACAUUUGAUUAUGGACGUUGCAGUAGUAGACCAACGGAUCACUCUGAUCUUUCAGAUACCAAUUAUAUUAAAUGUGUGUAUUAUUAUUAUAUUUUAUUAUUAUUAUUAUUAUUAUUAUUAUUGCUACCUUAUUAUACGUAGUUAUUACGAUGACACUAACAUAACGGAUUAUAACAGCGGCUACGUUAUAUUUAUGUAUUUCGAGGAAACGUGUUCUCUGUAUCUGACCAAGCUGUGAUUAGACGUGCAGUUUUCACGCUUUUUUAUAUAUAUACACAUACAUACGCCAUCGAUAUCUUUAGCGUAUGAUGUACUACUAGAGAUCGGAGAUCGCCGGUCGCCGGAGUGUGCGUCUCACACACGACGCGUCUCUCGACCACGCGGAUUCUCGAAUUGAUUUUAUGUGUGUGCCACAACUCUUAUCGAGCCGAGCUGCUUCGCAGAGUUUACCCUGAAAUUUACCGACCUCUUGUUUUCGCCCUCUCGUCUCGCUUGUGCUACUCUUCAUCUCGAGAUGAAGAAAAC